AUGUCAUUCUCCUCAUACCAAUCCCAAGAACCUCAGCAAACACCCGCUGCGCCUCUGCCAGACGUUCACAGCGUCCCAUCUACGGUACCUCUACCCGCAACUCACACCAUAAGCGCCUCUAUUGUCCCCAGUUUUACUACAACGGCGAAAUCUAUAACAUACUCAGAUAAAACUUCCACACUCUAUGAUAAAAACGCAAAAUUUAACGAGACUAAUCGAACAGAAUCUGACGGAAGUCUUUUAACGAUUUCACCAGUGACAGGCGCUUCUAACGCCACCGCCCAUUCUGAAGAUGCCACUGCGAACAAGGAAGCGCCGGGUACAACACCGGAUAGCAGGGACCAAUUGUUUGACGCUUCUUUCGAUGGAAGCGGAGACGUGUCCUCUCUAAACUUUGCGGAAACAACAUUUGGGACAGACUUCACAGACGAUUCUCUUAAGUUCACGUCAACGUCAUUUCAACCACCCACAACAGCAACUGCGGCAGCGACAUUUACAACCGAACAGUCGUCAUCAUCAUUGUCCUCUUCAGCAUCACAAUCGCCAUCAACAACAGUCGCGUCAUCGCCUACGAUACAUUCACAUAUAACAACACAGCCACCACCGACAGCUGGAACACCAACAUCAAUUACAACAGAGGCAACUUUUACACAAGAAACACAUCCACCAUUAACCACAACGCCAAUGGCAGACUCACUACCAACGACGGCCAACAAUACCGCAUCGGUCUCAACACUAACGCAUUUCGAUAUAAAUGAAACAUCUGUCCCAGAUGGCAGCAGCAGUAAGUCAACCAUGCCGUCUUUAGGUGAAUCGCCAACAUCGACAUCGGCUGUCACAUCGCCUGAACACACCAUGCUCAUAACAACUGCAGAAUCAUCCCAGGCCCACACCAACAUUCCAACCAGCUUUGAAACGACACCGGGGUAUACCCUCGAGCCAAAUGCUGAACCAGUAAAUCAAACAUACCACACACCAACUGGCGAUGUUGUUACUACGAAAACAACGACAGUGGUUCCAACUAUCGAACCGGAAGCUGAACCCACCGAUGAGCCUGUUCCGGAAGAUAAUGACGGUCAUGGUGGUACAGCUGAGCCAGAAGAUACGUCGAGUGUCAAGCCGGAAGCAGACCCGGAAUCAACACCCGAAGAAAAAGAAAAAGAAGAUGCUGAUAUCCAACCUGAGUUCAAUCUCGAGGCGUUCGCUGAACCCGGUCCCGAUUGGGAGGUCGCAAAAGUCGUCUGGAGAGAGGCGUGGGAAUUUCACGUGUAUUUUUUCGGCUUGUGUUUCGCGGUGCUCGGACUAUAUUGUGUUCUAAGCGUGAUCCGGUUAUGGUACAUGGAACAUUUACUGAGCAGGAACUACUUUGUAACGUUACACCUCCAUGUGAUAUGCGUUUGCGUCCUGCGAGCCACGUACUUGCUAGUGGACGCUUACAACUCGUUGAGCUUGUUUCCAGCGGUAAUAGACUACUUUCUGUACAGUACAGUUUUCCCGUGUAUAACCUCAUCGUUCAGUAUUCUUUUCUAUGCGCUUCUUUUGGCCACACGUGUUCGCAUCAUGUCAGCGAAAGUUCAGAAACUCUGGGUGCUCAUCGUUAUAACUGUAAUACACUUCACCUUAUCCAUUGCCACGGACAUUGUGGUGGGACUAUUUUCUACCGCGCCUAUUCUUCUAUUUGUGUGCCAGGCAGUGUUCAUUGUAUGGGGCCUUCUUAUGUUUAUAGGGUACCUUGUAAUAUUCCGUAAACUGUACAAAGGGGCAGUCAAAAGACAACGGGCCAUCAAAAGCUCGUCGACGGAUCGCCUUAACAGCUCCAAUCCAGCUCUAUAUAGUGAUAAAUACGAGAAACAUAAGUACACAUUCGAUCGUGCUGUAAAAAUAACGUUCGCUUCAGCGUUUUUCGGGGUAGCAAUAGUGGGGUUUGAACUUUACGGGAUGUUCGGUGUAUACGGAGUUUUGCGAGCCGUGUCGAAGCCCGAACCGUGGCCCUGGUGGACCUAUCAUUUCAUUGUGCGCACUCUUGAACUACUCAUGUGCUCCAGCAUAGCUUACGUUGCUAGUCAGCCAUUAAAAUACGCGGCGCGUAAAGACCGCAAUAGACUGUAUCCUUAUUUAUUACCGUGUAACAUGUGCUGUUGCAAUGACACUCUGAACCAGUCGUACGAUUCCAGUACGCAAGACAUUGGUUCUGAUGUUGACAAUAUCGGUUGGUUUAAUAAAUUCAAAGCAAAGAGGCAUUCAUCCGCGCUCGCACCGUAUCCUCCACACACGUCGGAAAAAUAUUCAGAUCCGGACGCCACUCUGCUCGUCCGAAAAAUAAAGCAACCCAAACCGUCCAUGUUGGUUGUAGAAGACGGAUUUGUCCGAAUUAGACGCGAUGACGAAAUACUACCCUCAAAUCAGUAUGAAUUGGACAGCAACUCGCGUUCAUCGUUGUCCAGCGGUUUGAACAUUCCUCGGGGAGCGGGUGCUGCGAACGUAGACGUCGUGAAUUCGGUAGUGAACUGGAAUUUUAACAGUGAGGUACAGCGCGCGGGUUUCGGAAACGACAAUAUACACAGUUUCUCAUUUAAUGAUUAUAUUAUACCUCGCGCCGAGGAUCAGCUAUAUAGUUCCGGCGAGAUCCAUCCGCCGGCCAGUGACGACGAGACCGACGUAGAUAUUGUGGUCACCGACAUCGACGCCAGUGACGAGGAGACUUCCGGUCGCGCGGCGUAUCCAGAGAGUCCGAAAUCCGGCAAAAGUGGAGAGAUCUUCCGUCCGCUUUCGAUGAUCGAUCUUGCAGCCAGCAUGGAAUCAGAACUGGACCGUGCGUUCCACACGGGCGGUGUCGAUAACGUGGAUCUAGAGGCCCGUAGCAGUCUGCCGCCGUCCCUGCACGACUACAACUCGGACGCUUUCAAUGAGCCGAUGUACGAUAGGUUUUGUAAUGACGACAACGUGUUUCGCGAUUACGUCACUGGUGCUAUGACGUAUGAUUCGGACUCGGAGCAGACGAAGGCACAAAGUGCUCGCUUGCUACACACUCCGGUCCGUAGGUGCGCAAGUGACGGGAAGCCUUCGACGCCGAAAACGAGACGGGUCGAGAAUAACCGCUAUUAUUCGCUGUCCAGUGUGGAAAGUGUAGGAAAAGAGGACGAAUCGUUCGACUGCACCUCAGACUUUAGAUCGAAACGGAACUAAAUUAAAGGGGUGUCUUUCAUUAUUUGCAUACUUUAACCGAUAUUAAUUCAUCAAAUGGUAUUUUUCACUAUGUUUUACUGUUUAUUCGUUUGUUUGAAUUAUUUUUUGCAUUUGUAUUUUAUCAAUGUACAAAACGAUAAAUUAUCUAUUUA